UUGGCUCUCCCUCCAAUUGAUUAACUUAUCCCAAACCCAAACUUGUGUAACCACAUCUCGCCCAAUUUCUCCCAUGGCCAACGCCGCGCCUCUGUUUGAAAGAGUGGCAAUUACAAGACCCAUCGACGCAGUGCUGGACGCUGCAAUUUGCUUCCUCCUGAUUUCCCUCCUCGCCUAUCGCCUUCUAUUCCUCUGUAACCAUGGCUUCUCUUUCCUCCACGCCGCCGCCUUCCUCUGCGAGUCCUGGUUCACCUUCAUCUCCCUCCUCCACGUUUCCAUCAAAUUCAACCCCGUCCGUUUCACAACCUAUCCCCACCGCCUACGCCUCCUCAAACGGGCUGAGGAUCUUCCUCGGGUGGACGUAUUUGUUACGACCGCAGAUCCGACGUUGGAACCACCGAUAAUCACCGUCAACACGGUUCUGUCUGUGUUGGCCCUAGAUUAUCCGGCCAAUAAAUUGGCUUGCUAUGUCUCCGACGAUGCCUGUUCUCCCCUCACCUUCUAUUCCCUCACGCAAGCUCUCAAAUUCGCUCAAAUUUGGGUUCCCUUUUGCCGCAAGUAUGGGGUUCAGGUCCGAGCGCCGUUCCGAUACUUCUCCGGUAGUUAUUCAACCGACGACGGCGAGUCGGCAGAGUUCCGGCGAGAGUGGAAGGAAAUGAAGGUGGAGUACGAGAAGCUGUGUAGCACGAUUGGGGCGGCAUGUCAAAUUCCAGCAUCGGACUCACAUGUCCUUGUUGGGGGUGGGGACCACGCAGAUUUCUCCGCUGCAGACUCCAAAAACCAUGCUCCAGUUGUCAAGAUAUUAUGGGAAAACAAAGAAGGUCAUGGGGAUGAAGUUCCACACUUGGUUUACGUAUCAAGAGAAAAGAGACCUAAAUAUUCACACAAUUUCAAAGCCGGUGCCAUGAACGUUUUGACUAGAGUCUCUGGAUUAAUGACAAAUGCUCCUUACAUAUUGAACGUAGAUUGUGAUGUGUUUGUGAACGACUCCAGUGCAAUUCUUCAAGCAAUUUGUGCACUCAUUGACCCCAGGAGUGAUGAAGAAGUUGCAUUCGUUCAAUUUCCCCAACGUUUCUAUGGUGGAUCCAAACAUGACUUGUAUGGAAAUCAUUUCCUUGUCUUCAUGGAGUCCAUCGUUCCUGGACUAGCAGGAAGUCAAGGACCGAGCUACAUGGGAACAGGGUGUAUUCAUCGACGAAAAGUCUUGUAUGGCCAAUUACCAAAUCAACCUAAUAUUAAUGGAAAAUUUUCAGAAACAAAAUUAUUUAAAAAAUUUGGAUACUCCGAAGACUUCAUCAAAUCAGCUACUUCUGCUUUGAUGGGCGCCGCAGACGGCUAUCCGUACUCUCUGCAAUACCCAGUUGAAGCCUUAAACAAAGUCGCGGGUUGUGGUUACGAGUAUGAUACUUGUUGGGGUGUUGAGGUAGGGUUAUACUACGGGUCCGCGACCGAGGACAUUUUUACAGGCAUGAUGAUCCAGAGCCAGGGUUGGAAAUCCAUUUACCUCAACCCAAACCCACCAGCCUUCCUCGGUUGUGCGCCCACGAGCGGCCCGGCCACGUUCACCCAACUCAAGAGAUGGAUGACAGGCUUUCUUGAAAUCUUCUUCAGCAAAAAUUGUCCCAUUUUUGCUGCUCUCUUUGGCAAACUUCACCUCAGGCUAUGUAUGUUCUACGUUUGGAUCUACCUCUGGGGAAUCAGUUCUAUUCCAGAGCUUUGCUAUGCCGCUUUGCCCGCAUACUGUCUCAUCACCAACUCUCGCUUCUUACCCGAGCUACAAGAGCGUGAAAUAUUCAUACCUUUUUUGCUCUUCGUCCUCUACAACAUCCAACAAGUGUUACUAUAUUUGAAAACGGGACAAUCGAUUAGGGCUUAUUGGAACAAUCAGAGAAUGGCGAGAAUAAACACAAUGUGCGCGUAUUUAUUUGGUGUUAUGGGCAUUGUGCUUAAGUUCUUAGGAUUAUCAGAAACGAUAUUUGAAGUGACAAAAAAGGAGUCAUCUUGUUCCAGCGAUGGUGGCGAGACGGAUGAGAAUUCAGGUCAAUUCACAUUCGACAAGUCGCCGUUGUUUGUGCCAGGCACGACAGUUUUGAUGAUGCAAUUGACAGGGUUGUUCAUGAGUAUUUGGAGAUGGCCAGCCAAGGCGGGCGAAGUGGGGGAAGUGACGUGUAGUGUGUGGUUGGUUUUGUGCUUCAUGCCAUUCUUGAAGGGGAUGUUUGGGAAAGGAAGAUAUGGGAUACCGUUUUCCACCAUGUGCAAGUCCAGUUCUUUAACAAUGUUAUUUGUAUACUUGUCUCUAAAGACAGUUAUGUAGGACCAACAGAAUUUGUUUGUGUUUGUAGUCUAAUUUGUGUUUUUUGCUUUAAUAAAAAUGUUGGAAUUAGCAGCUGCGCAUUCUCUAGUUAUUGUAAUGUAAUUUUUUUGAUUAAUUAGUAUUAUCGAAGGAUAUUGAUGUUUUUAAUAGUUCA